AGAAAUACUGUGACUACACUGUCAGUCUCUACUCUUUGUAGACCACAAAACAUUGGUUCUGUAAUCUGUGUAGAAGUGUUUUUUUUUAUGAAUCUUCAAACUUGUUUAUUGUUCUAAUGGAUAAACCAGAAAUAAUUAUUUUAGUUAGUGGAAAAAGAAAGUCUGGUGAAGAAAAAUGUUCCAUCAUUCGAAUAUCAGAACCAUUGAAGAAAUUGUACUCUGAGAAACAUAAUUUAGAUGGAGCAGAAUUAAUGACUGAUGGCCCAUAUAAAGAGAAAUACAGAUUGGACAUGAUAAAUUGGAGUGAUGAGGUCAGGAAAGAAGCACCUGGUUACUUUUGUCGAGUUGCAUGUGAAGCACCUUCUAAAGCUGUUUGGAUAGUUAGUGAUAUAAGAAGAAAAUCUGAUAUAGCCUGGUUUCGAGAUACAUAUACAAAUAAAAUCAAAACCGUCAGAAUUUCAGCUGACGUUGAAGUACGAAAAAGCAGGGGCUGGAAGUAUACAGAAGGUGUGGAUGAUGUGGAGUCAGAAUGCAAUUUAGAUGAUUUUAAUGAUUGGGAUAUUCAGAUUUCCAACAAUAGCACUGAAGAAUGUGAAUUUGCAGUCUCAUUAUUAAUUUCAACCAUUUCUAAAGAGUGUCGUUUUGUAUAA